AUGGCCUUCUUCUUCAUAGUCGGAACCAAAGACUUCACCUCUCGCCUCUCGGGCUACGAAAACACCACCGCACAAUGCCACAACUGCGGCAACUGGUCCGCCCACUGCAUCAGCAGCUGGGAGUGGUUCACAUUCUGCUGGAUCCCCGUCAUCCCGCUCGGCAAGAAGCAUAAAGACCUCGCGUGCUCCAUCUGCCGCUUCCGCCAGGACCUUCGAAACCGCCAGGAUGUGAUGUCGCAACAGGGCGGGCAGGGCCCGCCGCCACAGCAUCAUCAAGGGCCACCGCAGGGCUGGGGUCAGCAGCAGGGCCCGCCGCCGCAAGGUUACGGUCCGCCGCCGAAUCAGUAUAAAUGA